AUGGCAGAGUCAGGCCCGUCCGUGCUCUCGUCACGUCUGGCCAGCCUGAACCCUUUCUCUAGGCCAAAAAGCAAGACUGACGGCGAUGACCUGGGGGAAAAGAUCGACUCCAGCACCGUCGCUGGCGGUGGGCACGGCUCCCGUCGAUCUGCAAUCACCAGGGAUCAGCUUAGAGUCAGCCACGCCUUAAGGUCAUUCCUUGUCCAUGAGAAUGUCCUCUCCAAGAACGACGCUGGCUUGCAUGACCUAGGCCACUUGACCGACCCGCUACGCGCACUGCUCGGCAAGCCCCAUAUCCAUGUCCCAUCCGACCUUACUGACAGGUCCCAUCCGUUACCCGAGUACUUCAUCAGCUCUAGCCAUAACACCUACCUGAUGGCGCACCAGCUCUACGGAACCUCGUCAGCCAAAGCUUACGAGAUAGCUCUCAACACCGGAUCUCGAUGUGUGGAGAUCGACGCUUGGGACGACGAAGACGCUGAAGACGAGCCAAAGGUCACGCACGGCUACACUCUCGUAUCACGUAUCUCGUUUCGCUCCGUUUGCGAGACCAUCCGUGACGCCGUCGAUAGAGAAGCCGCCCUUUCGGCCAGUGGAUCCGGCUAUCGGACCUCACCGGUCCUGGUUUCUCUUGAAAACCACUGUGGCAACCACGGCCAGCGCCGCCUCGUCGAGAUUAUGAAGGAAGUGUGGGAUGACCGUCUCCUGAGCAAAGCUGUCAGAGGCAAAGGGCACCGAGAGCAGAACGGCUCCGGCGACCAUGUGCUGCUUGAAGAGUUGGGUUCCAAAAUCGUCGUCAUCGUCGAAUACCACUUCCCAACUGAAGUGGAGGCGGAUGAUCACAGCUCCAGCACUGACGACGAGGUCGACGAGGACGACGAGGCAAGGCAAGCGCGAAAGGCCUACAAGGAAAAGAAGAAGGCCGUCCCUGCAACUACCAUCAUUCCAGAACUGGCCGAAUUAGGGGUCUACGCACAAUCGGUGAAGCCCGCAGACAACUCUUGGUUCGGCGAGGUCGGACUCAAGAAUCGCCCACACCACCACCUCAUCAACAUCUCAGAGACGGCAUUGAGGGCGCACAUGCCCGCAGAGAUCGGCAAGAUCGCCCAGCACAACGCCCAUCAUUUGAUGCGCGUCUAUCCCAAAGGCACUCGAAUCUCGUCCAACAAUCUCAACCCGGUGAUUUUCUGGGGCCUCGGAGCCCAGAUCUGCGCCCUGAAUUGGCAAACCUUUGGCGCCGGUCUGCAGCUGAACGAGGCUCUAUUCGGAGGAACGGAAGGAUAUGUCCUCAAGCCUGCAGCUCUCCGCGCUGGGGGAAGCGGAAAGCUCACCACCGGGCCCAAGAAAAGACUCCGACUUCAUGUGGCGGGAGCUUCGGACGUCCCGUUGCCAGAAGGCCGCCAAGCGUCCGACAUCAAGCCAUAUCUGUCUUGUACCUUGAUUCGUCCGGAUGACCAAGGCCAGAACCCAGCCAAACGCAAGACCGCACUCUACAAACAUCACAAACUUGGAUUCCUCCAUGACGGCGAAAACCCAGCGGCAACGGAUCCGGUCUGGGAAGAGACCCUCGAAUGGGAGUACGAGGACAAUGAGCUGGUCUUUCUACGCAUGCUCAUCAAAAGCGACGAUAGCUAUAGUAGAAACCCCGUGUUCGCUGUUGCCGCGGUCAGGAUCUUGUAUGUUGCCGCCGGAUGGAGUUUCAUCCGCAUGCUGGAUUUGAGAGGCAGGGAGACGACAUGUUCGUUACUGGUGAGAUUCGAGGUGGAAGAUGUGUAG